GAGUAUCCCCCUUUAUCUUGAACCCUGGUGCGUGGGCUUGUUUCGCCAAGCCCCAGCGACCUCCUCCUGCGUGGCUGUAUUUGUGCGCGUCGUGGAUAGAAGUCGUGACGGCUUUUUUUUUCCCUUUGCCGUUUUUCUUUACAUACCAAAAGAAAAGUGCAGAAUCGCAGCAGAACCCGUCCGUUUUUUUUUUUGAAUCCUUUGGAAAGGCGUCGUUGACUGCGGGACGUCACAAUUAUUUGGGAGAAGAGGAGAUUGAAGAAGCGUUCUUCAACGGGACUCGGGUUCCAUUCCGUCAAGAGUCGCCCUUCUUUUGCACCCACCCGCGCCCAGCAAUUCCACACUGCAAUAAAUACAGCAACAAACGACGACCAACCACCACCCCCACCACCCCAAACCAAGAACAAGAACAUAAGCUGGUUCGAAAAAUCCUCUUCAUCUGCUGUUAUUACUAUUUGUUUUUUUUUAUGUAUUCUGGUUAGUACUACUACUCAUUCUCAUUUGGCUCCUACGCGUUGCCGUGCAGACGCAAGGCCUCCUCACGCACUUGUUGAAGUUUGGUUGACACCCCUUCCACAGAGCAAGAGGAAAGGAAUUAUUGCUUGCAUCGACGGUACCAUCAAUUUGUGGCUGCUUGGAAGCAACGAGGCCGACAGCACGAUUAAUUACCUCAGAGAAACGAUAGGUAAGUUUUUUCCUGUGUGGGUGUACCCUUUACCACACCAUAGGCUGGUAAGUUCAACGUACGAAGGCAACGGACAGCAAAGAAAUACACUGGUUUCGCGCUCCGCCGGCCUUUCCCUAUUUCUCUUCCUCCGUCUUCAGUGCGGAGGCCUGCUUCUUCUCAAAGGCACCGGCAUAAUCUCUCGCUCGCCGUGCGGUAGGACGGGAAACGACAAGGGCGGCUCUUUACCGGAUAAGGAGUGCUAUUUCCGCCCACUUCUUCUCUUUCCUCCUCAAUCCCUCUCCGCCAACUCAAGCAGCAUAAUGAGUGUGAAAAACACCUUCGGCACGCAGGCGGCGAAGACGCUGUGCGCGAACCUGUACGCGACAUGGCUCUCCGAGGAGGCCAACGUGGAGCGCAUCCGCGAGGCCAUGAACUCCAUCAUCGCCCUCUCCGCCGCGAAGGCGAACGUCGACGCCGCCAUCGUCAACGGUGUGGCUAAAGCCGGAACAGCCAACGACAAGCGGACGAAGGUGGUCGAAGUGGGCAGCAGCGGCAGCAGCGCGAACAAUGGCAGCCCGACCACCACCAAUGGCGCCCAGCACAAGGACCCUGCCGCCGGGCUCUCCACGAGCGCCGCCCUCUCCCUCGACCCCGACCUCGAACGCGCCCACUCGCCACAGCCGUCGGUGCCGUCGUCAACAAAGUUCACCGAGGACGGCAGCAGCCCGAACGCGUCCUCGACCUCUCCCGGUUCCGCGGGGCGGCUCCCCGGCGUGGUGGACGAACUCGACUACCCGCACCGGGCCGGCUCGCCCGUCAUCGCGCCUGGGUCGCCGCAGCCGAAGCCGGUGGUGGACCCGAGCGCCCCGCUGCCGCACGUCGCCUCCGGCACCACCUCCCCGCACGCCGUGCAUUCCCUCGGCAGCCCGCGCCUAGACACGACGCUGAACGCGGCGAUGGUCUCGGGCGACCUCGCACCGCCGCCGCUGGACAUGACGCAGAGUCUGAGCGCGACGAUGCGGGAGUCCUCGACGCGGUUUGUGCACACCUCCGGCGCCUUCGCCACGACGCCGCCCAGCAACGUCAAACAGGCCUCCCUCAACGACAUCCCAUGCUUCUACUCGAAGAAGGAAUCACGUGGACUAGCGGUGGAGGCGGACACCGAGGAGGUGCAGGAGCUGAACCGACUGCUGGAGAAGAACGACCCCGUCAAGAAGACGGUGUGGGUGUUCGGCGAUAUUAGCUCCAAGGUGUUCAAGGUGCCAAUUUGGUACAAGGAGGCCCUCUUCAAAGACAUCGCCACCCGUAGCGGACUGGACGCCGCGGUCGUGGACAGCCUCACGGCUGCGCAGAUCCGCACCGUCUACAAGGACGUCUACGCCCCUCUCUCUGUCAGUCGCCGUCUGUACGAGUUGAUUUGCACCCACCCCAAGAAGGAGUUUAUUACGCUGUCUGACUUGGAGUCGAUGGGCAAGUACCUCGUCGCAGCCCACCCCGGCCUACAGUUUCUGCAGCAGCCGGAGUUCCAGGAGUAUUACUGGCACACGGUGGCGGUGCGGAUUAUGUACACCUUAGAGCGUCAGCAGUGCGGCCGCAUUUACUGGCGCGACUUCGAUCGCAGCGACCUGCCGGAGAGGAUGAUGGAGCUGGACGCGAAGGAUGUGAACCUUGUGCUAGACUACUUCUCGUACGAGCAUUUCUACGUCCUCUACUGCAAGUUCUGGGAGCUGGACACCGAUCGCGAUCUCCUGGUCGGCUACGAGGACCUCUGCAACUACGGCCAGGGCUCCGUCGUGACCGGCGUAAUCAAGCGCGUGGUGGAGGGUUACGGACGACCCUUGUCCUCCGGCGUGCCGGGCAAGCUCGACUUUGAGGACUUUGUGUACUUCUGCUUAUCCGAGGAAGACAAAAACUCCGAGCCCGCGGUGCUCUAUUGGUUUAAGGUGUUGGACGUCGACGAAGACGGCUUGCUGAGCGGCUACGAGAUGAUGACGUAUUUUGAGGAGAAUCAGCAGCGUUUCUUGGAGUUCUCCGACUCGCCUGAUGGCGACAUCUCCUACGAGGACACGAUGUGCCAGAUGUUAGACAUGAUUGGCUUCGACCGAGUCAAAACGCGAAAGUGUGGCGUGACCUUGGGUGACCUGCGCUCCUGUCCGUCGCCGGCCAACUUCUUUAAUAUGAUCUUCAACGCGUCGAAGUUUAUGCUGUUUGAGCACCGCGACCCCUUUGGGGAGCACCAGAUGCGCAUGCGGCCGGAGAAGACGGAUUGGGAUCGGUUUGCGCGUGCCGAGUAUGACCGCAUGGCCGCAGAAGCGCAAUAG